UAGUGUUACAAAACAAGUUCGUCUCGGUUGCUAGCACCGUCUACAGCUCGGCCGAGCUAAUGACGUGACGUCACACGCAGAAUCUUCACAACUCAUCCGAAAUGGCGACGGCAAUAUAUUUGGAACAUUAUCUAGAUAGUAUUGAAAACCUCCCAUGUGAACUCCAGAGAAACUUCACGCUGAUGCGAGACCUGGACAACAGGACUGAAGAAAAAAAGGUGGAGAUCGACAAGCUGGCCGAGGAGUACAUAGCCAAGGUGAAGAACCUGGCGUCGGAGCAGCGGGUGGAGCACCUGCAGAAGAUCCAGAGCGCCUACAGCAAGUGCAAAGAGUUCAGUGACGACAAAGUGCAACUGGCCAUGCAGACUUACGAGAUGGUGGACAAACACAUACGGCGGCUGGACGCCGACCUGGCGCGCUUUGAGAACGAGCUGAAGGAGAAACUGGAAGUGAGCGGCUACGAAAGUGCAGAAGGACGAGCGCCGAAAAAAACGGAGUCCCGCGGCCUCCGAGAGAAGCGUGGGUCUCGGGGACGAGGAAGGAAAGGCUCUGAUGAGGAUUCGCCUAAAAAGAAAAAGAUCAAAAACAGCCCGGAGUUGAGCGACGCCCUCCUGCCCAUGCAGCCGUCGGACGUGCUGGACAUGCCGGUGGACCCCAACGAGCCCACCUACUGCCUGUGUCACCAGGUGUCGUACGGGGAGAUGAUCGGCUGCGACAACCCCGACUGUCCUAUCGAGUGGUUUCACUUCGCCUGCGUCGACCUCGCCACAAAGCCCAAAGGAAAAUGGUUCUGUCCACGAUGCACUCAAGACAAGAAGAAAAAAUAAGAAGAACUAUGUCUAAUUAUAUUGCGCUAGUAGAAUAGUGUGAUUAAAUACAGAAAUAUAUAUUUUAGCUCCUCUCCAUAUAAGCUUUCUUAAAAAGGCCUAAUGUGUAUUUUAGGGGUGUAACGGUACAGCGAAAAUCAUGGUUCGGUACGCAACCUGGUUUUGAGGUUGUGGUUCAGUUCACAUUGGGUACAAAAGGCAACAUGUGCCAUUACACCCCUAAUAGUUCCACUCGAGCACCAUCACACUGAGAAGCUUUCAAAUGUACUCCAUUUGUGCACACUGGGUUUGUUUUGUAACACAAGCCCUGUAUCAGCCAGCAUUUUCCAGUCGUCGGGGGUAGUAUCAAGGCUGGAGCAAAAAGCUAAUGUUGCAAUGCUGGAACAGACCCCGAUGCACACUUAUCAUCUUGGCGUGGUGUGUUGAAAGUCAUUGCGGCAGUACCUCAUUUUUGCCGGACUGUGUAAAAGGCAAAGGUUGUUGGAUUUUCUAAAUCGGCAAUUUUGCGGGAUUUAUGCUCCCAUCGCUCCUCCAAUUAUUGGACAGUGUACAUCGCUCGUAACAUAUUUUAGGAUACUUGAAAAUUCAAUUUAUGAGAGUUAUUUUUAUAAAUGCCUGCUGAGAAAUAAAGCUUUUUUUUUUUAAUGUCCUCACUGAGAUUGGUGGCGGUGAACCAAGAGUGUCAGAUAUUUCGUGUACCUACUACCUCCAGCACUGAUGUUUAAUCAAGAUCGAUCUGCUCAAACCAAACCCAUAAAACAUGACGUUCGUCGUCAGAUUAUAUAUAUAUUUUUGUUUACAAAAAUGAAUAAAAACGUGACCUUGUUGAAUGUAUUGUGGUACUAGUGGUCGGUGAUAUUAAAAGCACUUUUAACAAAUGUUCUCCAUUUUAGAGCUUUGACACUGCAAAGUUUGUUACUAAAUCUAAUUUCAAACCUCAGACUAUUUGAAAAGAAAAUAUCAGUUAUUAGUUCAUCUAAUUUUUGUGGGGGUUUUGUCCGCUAACAAACCAUUUAAUCAUCUUUAAGUGUCCUAUCGCAUGGUUGACUGUGAACAUAAGUCAUGUACGCCACAGAUAAAGAGCCAAAGGCAAUGUAUUUUGUAUAUUCAGUAUUUUAUAUAUCAAAUAAAUAUUCUCUAUUAUUCA